GUAUACUGUAUACUGUAUUGGGUAUCAAUCAUCAGGGACUGAUAUGUUGGAUGCCGUGUUAGGAGCCGGAACAUGUGCCGAGCCAACGCAAUGUUGUGACAGCUGUGCUGUGCUGUGCAACCCUAGAUUUGCUGCUAGCUGCGACACGUCCUACUGCUUGGACCCGUUCUGUGGAAACCCUUGCGAGUUCGCCUUGACGAAAGCAUAUGGACUUGAGCUUGUAUGAGUUAAAGAUUCAGUAUUAUCAUAGCUUUCCGUUGGCAGAACAUGAACAAGAUGGCCUUGGGGAC